AUGAUGAACUCCGUGGACGCGCAGAUCCACCACGGGUCUGCUCCCGCCGCGAGUCCUCUCCAGCCCAAGAGCGCGCACGACGCGCCGGAGAUGGCCAUGUACUGCGACAACUUCGUUUACCACCAGCAGAGCGUCGCGAGCGCGCAAAGGCCCGCCGGUUACGGCCUCGGCGAGUACGCGGCCACUCCAAACCCAUACCUGUGGCUCAACGGUCCCGGAGUCAACACCUCCUCAUCAUAUUUACACGGGAACAGCAGCCCGUCGUUCAUCGCGCCGUCCUACACCUCCCAGAGGCAGUACCUCACCAACUCGCCCGGAUUCGCAGGUCCUGACCUCGGCUGGCUCUCCAUCGCAAGUCAGGAGGAGCUGCUGAAGCUGGUGCGCCCACCCUACUCCUACUCUGCCCUCAUCGCCAUGGCCAUCCAAAACGCGCACGAGAAAAAGCUCACGUUGAGCCAAAUCUACCAGUAUGUGGCGGACAAUUUCCCGUUUUAUAAGAAGAGCAAGGCGGGCUGGCAGAACUCCAUCAGGCACAAUCUGUCCCUGAAUGACUGCUUCAAGAAAGUUCCACGCGACGAGGAUGAUCCAGGAAAAGGAAACUACUGGACGUUGGACCCCAACUGCGAAAAAAUGUUUGACAACGGAAACUUCCGCCGAAAGAGAAAGCGCAGGUCAGAAGCGGGCCCCGGGCUUUCCAGCGGUACCAAGUCCGAGGAUGGCCGAGCUGGAGCAGGUGUGAAGUCCUCUGAGGGCGCGCACCUGGGCGGAGCCGUGUCUCCGGAAAUAGACAUAACAGCCAAUGAGAGCCACAGAAGCUCAUCUCCAAUGACUCCUGCGUCCGCGCCUUGCUUCAACAAUUUCUUCAGCACUAUGUCCGGAAUGAGCUCGGCCCCGGGCCCGGCUGUCAGACAGGGCUCCUUGGGGCUAAUCAGCGAGCUGUCAAGUCGGAACAUAAGUGCGUUAAGUCCGUAUAACGAUGCUGCGCCACCCGGAGAGCAACAUGACCACAGCGUGCACGCGAACCGGCCCGCGUACUCGAGCGCGUUCGGUGGCGCGCAAAGCGCGCAGUACAACAGUCACUUCUACAACAGCUUCAGCGUGAACAGUCUGAUAUACCCGAGAGAGGGCACGGAGCUAUAA